AUGGGGGAGAACCGUCGACCCUCGCGUUGGAGCUCGGAGCGCUACACAAACCUUUUUGUUCCUAAUUACAUCCCUCCUGAACUGAUGUUGUAUGACGAGGGUCAGUUUCUUCGAGCCUUUCUUCUUCGUGUCCUUUCCAUCGACCUGAAUCGCCUCAUCGAAACGAAGCGGUGCGGUGACUAUUUCAUUAAUAUUCCUUUGGUACCAGAGUACAACAGCGAAGGGCAGCGCACGAACACGCCGGAUGAGCUCGUUGCUGAAAAGCGGUUGAAGGUGAUGGAUGAACUGACAAACCUCCUGCGCCAGCACUCGGAACUUGAACUUAAUGCAAAAACCCAAAAGGAAGUCGUGCGCAAACGUUACUUCACACAGGAGGAAAUGGACAAUGGUGCAUAUGGUGCUAUUUUGGGUGCCCGCGGUAUGGUUCAUCAGGAGUUGGAGCGGCUGACCAAAUGCAAGAUUGUACUGGCUGGCCGUGGUAUCACAAACGCACUGAAGGAUACCAGUGCUAACGCUGCCCGUGUUGCUCUCGAGGAUCCCCAUGCCCGUAUCACAGCUCCAAAUGAGCAGGCGCUUCAGCACGCGAUGGAGCGCAUUGAGUGGAUUCUUUCUGAUGAUCCUGAGGCACUAGAGUUCCGUGAGAACAACAGAAAACGCAUGGCGCAGAUUGAAGGGCGCUAUGACCCGCGCACUUGGGUUUCUCUAGCAGAAAGGAACGCAAAGAACCCACGGCGUAUGGGGGAAAAACGGGAGCGGGAGGAGGAGGCAAAGGAAGAACUCGAUGCGGAUUUGCAGGAGUUUCUGGACGAGUUGUAG